CAAAGUACGAGCACUUCCAGCGCUACCCGUGGAACUUGUUUGCGACUGUUGCUGCUACGGCCUUCACGCCGGCUGGUCGCCCAUUUCCUCUUGUGUACAGCUGUUGGGUAACGGUUGAAAGCGAGCAGAUCGAUUUGCGUGACAAUCCUGCGAUCGUGAAACUUCGAACACGACAUAGGGUCCAGCGGAAGGCGAAGUCCCUUUUGCUUCGCGUUUGCUUCGUGUUGUGGUACGUGACCGGCUGCAUUGUUUGUCAUGGCCACAUACCACCUGGUGAUGCUGAGGGAGUAUGGCUACGUGGUGCUUGUUGGAGUUGGCUCUGCCAUCGUCAACACGUGGCUCGCCGUCCGUGUCGGAAGUGCACGGAAGCGGUUUGACAUCAAGUACCCAACCAUGUACUCGGACACCAACAUCGCCUUCAACUGCAUCCAGAGAUCGCACCAGAAUUUCCUUGAGAACUACCCACAGUUCCUGAUGCUGCUGUUCCUCGGUGGAUUAGAGUAUCCGAAAUUCGCUGCCUGCUCCGGACUAGUGUACCUGGCCGGUAGGAUUGUCUAUGCUAUCGGGUACUCCACAGGAGACCCGUCCAAGCGGAUGCGUGGCAGUUUCCAGUACUUCGGCUUGUUCGCCUUGCUCGGACUGACCGUGCGCCAGGGGCUGCUCAUGCUGGGAUACCUCUAAGGUGGCCGCUGCUCCCAACUGUGGCGGGGUGGCCUAAGGAUCUGGCAUGGAAACGCCGCAGUUGCAGUGUGCCGAUACCAGAGCUGACCUCUUGCGAUUCGAGGACCGGAUGACAUGCACCUGCUGUGCACCUUCAAGGCCAUUGGGUGGCAACACUUUUUCUAUGCACCAAUGCGAAGAAAGAAUGCGGAUAUUUGACAGAUUGUGUGCAACGGAUGUGUUGACCGGGGCAAUAGAAAAUUAUAAUGGAAACUGAAACAAUGAAAAAGGAAAGGGAAGUAACUUGGAGCUAAGGGGUGCUGUGUAGAUUCCCGUCCACUUUUGCAAUGCAAUAAAUUUUUUGCUUUGUCUACAA